AUGUCUAAGCUGAUUGCGGUAACUGGUGCAACGGGACAGCAAGGAGGAUCAGUAGUGGAAUAUCUCCUCAAGGAUCCCGGGACCUUUGCUAUCCGAGCCAUCACCCGAAACCCCGAAUCUACUGCCGCAAAAAACCUCGCAGCAAAGGGUAUCGAGGUCGUCAAGGCUGACCUUUCGAACCUAGACGAGGUCGUCAGAGCAUUUGCCGGAGCAUGGGGUGUCUUUGCUGUAACCCAGUUCUACGAGCAUGGAUAUGAUUUAGAACAACUCCACGGCAAGAAUAUGGUCGAGGCUGCGAAAGCUAGCGGUGUAAAACAUUUUGUGUGGUCCACCGUCGAAGGGCGUGAAGGGGAAUGCAAGGCUAUCAGCUGGACGUCCAAGGCUCGCAUCGAGGACCUCGUAAUCGAGUCCGGCAUUCCUUGGACUUUUGUCUACAUUCCCAUGUACUACGAGAAUUUCUUCACGCCCUUCUUCCCUCCCAGCUAUGAUCCUGAAAAAGGAUUCUCAUGGAGCGUCCCUGUUCCUCCCGAGGCACCGAUUUAUUCCAUGAGCGUGGAAGACUUUGGUGGAUGGGUCGUGCCCGCGUUUAAGGAACCAGAGAAGUACAUUGGCGUAAAGAUCAAGAUCUGCGUUGAGUACCUCUCCAUGCGCGACAUUGUACAGCAAUUCUCAGAGGUGACGGGUGAGAAGGCAUACCUUGGACUCGAGCUAGAUGCAAAGCAAUUUGAAGCUACGCGCUAUGGAGACCAUCCGCUUGCAGAGACGUUGUACUUGUCUUGGGAGUUUGUUCUGCGAUCCGGGCCGGGAAGUGGUGUUAAAAACACCGAACAAACCAUGUCUAUCCAUCCAUCCGCUCGUACUUAUCGGCAAUGGUUGAAAGAGAGCCAAAUGAUGAAGGAUUAUGUCAAGAAGAUGAAGGAUGAAGCUGUUGCAAAGAAAGGGACAUCGCACCUGUAG